AUGCGUUGGCUCUUAUCAUCGUUCAUUUUAUGGUGGCACUCACAUUUGACCAUUUCCACACGACACAUUUCUCCGUUCGAAUUGAGGGUCAACUCUGGAGCAAUCCGUGGAGAGCGACUGUUGACCGAUGGCCAAGACUACUCUGUUUUCAAAGGAAUACCAUUCGCAAUGCCACCUGUAGGCUACCUUAGGUUUCAAAUGCCAAAAGAACCAGCAAAAUGGAGAGGAGUCAUGAACGCAACACAGUACAGCGCAAUGUGCAUGCAAAAUAUAGACGAAAACGAUGCCGGAGAGCCAGAACGAUAUGUGGCCCAUGUUUCCGAAGAUUGCUUAUACCUGAAUGUCUUUUCACCAACCCCGUACCAGUACACAAAUGAUACAUAUCCGGUGAUUGUUUUCAUCCAUGGCGGCAGAUUCCAAACUGGUUCCGGAAGCGACAUUCCUCAGCGGGCAAUUCUCAGCAAUUUUGUGUCACGCAAGAUUGUGUUUGUAACAUUCAACUAUCGACUAGGACCAUUAGGAUUUGCAUCAACGGGUGAUAGCGUUUUACCAGGAAAUAUAGGAUUAUGGGAUCAAAUUUGGGCGCUCAAAUGGGUCAAGGCUAAUGCAGAAGUUUUCGGAGGAGACCCAUCGAAUAUUCUUCUGAUGGGACACGGAACUGGAGCAGCAUCUGCAUCUCUACUAGCUUUGUCACCAAGAGCAGAAGGACUUUUCCAAAAAGUUCUUCUCAUGUCAGGAUCCGCCUUACAGCCAGGAGUUGUAAGAAAUACGCAGGUCAAUGCCACAUGGAAUAUGAAUGAUCGGUUUGGUUGCAGAGCGUUCAACUCUUCGGAACUGCUGGAUUGCGCAAGAAAACGGUCAAAAGAAGAGAUUUUUCAAUACAAGCGUCUGCAUUUUGAUGACUAUGAAGAGUUUGUACCGAUCAUAGACGGAGUUGGUGGAAUACUGCCAGAACCCCCGGAACAACUGACACUCCACAGAAGAAAAACUCCAAUCGUAAUUGGAACAACAAAAGAUGAGAGCUCACUUAGGAUAUUACUUCUAAAUGAAAAAGACCUAAACUUCUCUUCAAUAACAUGGGAAAAUGGAGAAACAUUAGCAGACAAUCUCACGUUAGGUUUUAAGCAAUUUCAAAACCAUCGCCUGAUUUCCCAAGGUUGUAAAUCAGAAUACGUAUGGACCCAAGUGGAUCCAUCAUUCCCUGAAUCAGUAUUAUUUAAUUCACUAUUAAAAAUGUAUUCGCACUUCUGGUACGACGCCCCAGCAUCUCAAUUAGCCACUUACUACCUCAAACACGAUUUACCGGUUUAUCUGUAUUCUUUCGAUCACAUUAGUGAAAAUUUUUAUGAUAUUGAUAGAGCUUUUCACGGCGUUGACAAACUUCACAUUUUUAAUGUCACUCCUAGGUUUUUAAAUAAACGAAAAGAUAUGAAUUGGCAACUUGAUCAGCGAGUUGUCGAAAUCUUCUCAGAAUUGGUGGCAAAUUUUGCGUUGUAUGGAACACCGACUCAUGAGAACGAUGGGUUCAGUUUCAAUUGGACGUCAACGACGGCUAAGGAACUGAGCUACCUUUCGAUUACUGAUAGUCCCAGCAUGCAGGUUGGAUAUCGGUGGCAGGGUCACGUGUUCUGGAACUGGUAUGCUAGAUCGCUUGACGCUGUAGACGUCGGGAACAUACAGAGAAUUGCUCAAUUGGACAGAGAUGUGGGCAACUGGCAGUUUGCAACUGCAAUGCUCUCAUUCUGCUCUCUAUUCUUCUUCGCUAUCCUUGUUGGAUUAGCGUGUUACUGUACGCGAAAGGAGUCGGAUGAAGAUGAACUUUAAACAUUUUCUAUUAUAUUUCCUUUCUCUUUGAUGUUUUAUCUUACAAAUUUUGUUCACCCUCCGUUUAAAAAUCGUUCCUUCCCAUAUCCUUUCAAUAUGUUUGCCCUAUUAUAUGAGUCGAUUUAUGUGACGUGAAACUUUACAAUUUUUUCCUUUUCUUCAUUUUUUUUUUAUUUUUAAAAUAAUGUGUUUUGCUUAUAGAUCAAAAAUGAUCUUUGAUUUUUAUUGAAAUUGCCCACCAAAUUCUUUCGGAAAAUUCCUCAUGGAGCUCAAUUAAUUAAAUUCAUUUUUUUAAUCUUAAAAGCUAUUAUAAACUCUUAGUCGAUCGUAAUUUUGUUCUUUUUUUUCAAAUUGAAUUUCAACAUCUUCUUCCCCUUGAUACUAGGCAAGUUUGCGGUGCUAAAUGUCUCCAUAUUCUCUCACUUUCCUCCUUUUUAUUUGUUUUUUCUUCAGAUGUGGUAUACAUAUUUUUGAGACUGACUCAAUGAAGUGAGUGUUGAAU